UGCAACGCAACUCGGCGUAGUAGUUUUUUUUGUUGCACUUCCUGUGUUAGCUCGGGAGAGAUAGCGGACGAGCGGUCGAAGAAAUUACCGAUGUAUCUGUGUAAAAUCGUAGCAUAAGUAUUCAGGGAAGUGCUAUUCUGGGGGCUCUAAGGUCCAUAUUUCAGAGACGACAAUGAUCCGCUUUAUCCUCAUCCAGAACCGAGCGGGGAAGACAAGACUGGCCAAGUGGUACAUGCAGUUUGAUGACGAUGAGAAGCAGAAGUUGAUUGAGGAAGUUCACGCUGUGGUAACUGUCAGGGACGCCAAGCACACCAACUUUGUGGAGUUCAGGAACUUCAAGAUCAUUUACCGGCGUUAUGCUGGUCUGUACUUCUGUAUUUGCGUGGAUGUGACCGAUAACAACUUGGCAUACCUCGAGGGAAUCCACAACUUUGUAGAGGUGCUGAAUGAGUAUUUCCACAACGUGUGUGAGUUGGACCUUGUGUUCAACUUCUACAAGGUGUACACGGUGGUGGAUGAGAUGUUCCUGGCGGGAGAGAUCAGGGAGACCAGUCAAACCAAGGUCCUCAAGCAGCUCCUCAUGCUCCAGUCGCUCGAAUAGAAAACAGACAGCCCCCCCCUUUCCCACCUGCCCAUUUAUCUGCUGCCCUGGCACCUAAACCAACCUACCCCUCGUUCCUGUCACUCUGGAAAGGACCGCCUAUCAUCUCCCUGCCUCUACAGUGCAGACUUCACUCCUUUACUGAACUUCAGGAGGGGGAGGGGUAUUUUUAGAAAUAGACAAUAUUGUUUACAUAUGGAUAUAUAAUAUGGAAGUUCAAUUAACCUGUUUGUCAUAGCAGUCUGUAUGCAUCUCAUGUACAUUAGGCUGCACAUUUCAACAUGUUAUCACAUAUACCACCUUUAGUUACAAUCAAGUUUAUAUUCAGUUUAAUUUUCCCAAAGCCAGCGGCUGCAGAAAUGAGUUAUUUCAUGUAGUGACCAGUUAGUCUUUGCAUUUAUCUCUGUGCAGUGUGGAAACACUGAUGUGUAGAACUGUCUCUGUCCUCCUCGUCCGCCUCCUCUCCUUCCUUCAGGAACCUCAACAUUCAUUUCACGGCACUACUGUAACUAACAAGCACCAUGUAUAAAGCGAGAGCGCCUAAUGAUCCAUGUGCAUUGAGCACUUAGAACAGCUUGGCAGCCGCUUCUAUAAAUCUAAGUAAGGAAAGACCUUGCCUGUGAUGUAGUAGCAGGCUUGUCACGCCUUCUGCUCAUUUUAUAUCUGGAUCACAGUACAAGCAAACUAUGACUAGAAAGCCCCUUUAGAGCAAUUGACCCACCAUGGCAAGUUCAUAAUUGAAUGGAGUGUACUUGGGAUGAGUGCCAUUUUUAAUGGUGUGUUAUGGCAACCUGUGCGGUGUCAGACAUCCUCUUUGGCUGAUGGUGAUAAACAGUUUAGGUUAUGUUGGCUCAAGCGGCUGCUCUCUGGAUGUUCGUCGUCAUUGCAUUUCAAAUCAUCUAGAUAAUUCGGCGCAGCUCAUUACAUUAAAAAAGGUGCUCGUUGGUCACACUUAAAACACUUAAUAUACGAACGCGCUCAGACGGAAAAAGACCUGGACAUAGAAAGUAUAUUUUACAUAAGCAGUACUGUGAAGUUUGCUUUGUAUGGUGUGUACAUACAAUGUAUCUUGCGUGUGUUAAAUAUUGUGACAUUCAUUCCAAAAAGAGUGGUUCUUGUUCGCUAUAUGAUCUGAGCAGUAUUUACUGGUGAAGAUCCAUGAAUUCCUUGGGCAUUGCGUGUAAUAAAUUGGCUUUUAAAUUCUUCUUACAAGCCUCUUGAACUGAAAAAAUAUAUAUACACUUUUAUCCAUUUUCCCUUUGCUGGGCUUUAAUGUUCAUGAAAUUACUUGUCAUACUCUAAUUUUAACCAUAUCCACGCACAAAGGUGUCAAAUGUGGUUUGCAAAUGUUACUGUUGUUGAACUUUUGUAUUUUUUUUUUUAAUCGAUUAGGCAAUAGUGAUAUAUGUACUGCUUCCCUUACUGUCCACCUGUGUGAGUUUGUUGAUGGAAGAUGUGUGUUUGUAUGUAUUACUCCGACUCAACUACCCACAUCAGUAUGUCCCCAUUAUAUGUAAAUAAUAAAAUAAAUAGAUGAAGUGACACAUGAA